AUGUUCUCAGCCAAGCUCUUGCCCAUCUCUUCGAUGGAUGCCUUGAUAUGGUCACCCAUGGCUUCAAUUGCACCGAUUGAGCCCUUUGAGGCCUCAACUGCCCUCUCCGUAACUUCCGUCAGGCUUUCCAAUAAUGGCGCGAUUGCGUCAUACUUGUUUGUUGUGACAUCCUUGACUGUCACGAUCUCCUUGUUCUGGUGCGGCGGUUGCGGUUUGUCAGUCGGUUCGUCAUCAUGCGUAUCUAAUCACUCUUUCAGGAAAAUCGGCACACCAGCCAGGCUCUGA